ACAUCAAAUGUGCAGAAAUUCAUUUGGCCACUAGCAACACAUUUCUCAAUCAAACUUAUAAGUCUAGUCUACCCCAAUAUGACUAAGAUAGACUUUCUUAACGAUGUCAACUGGAUAGACAAAUUCAUCCUCAGAUUAGAAUUAGACUACCAAAAGGACCUUAUUGUUAGUUUAAGAGCCAGGACCGCGAAAGGCAAAGAUCUCCCAACUUGUGAAUGCCUAGAUAUUGAUACUAACUUUCCAGACCAAGACCAACCGUCUAGCAGUUGCCUAAAGGUUUAUGUUAUAGGCCUUACUGAAUACCUUAAAUCCAAUUCUUUUGAUGAGGAUGACAUGAUCUUAUGCACUUCAUUAGAGGUGCCCGAAGACAUUUUAGUAUUUCUAUGA